GGAAGGGGCGCCCGCCGGGGGAGUGAGACGGGGGCCGAGCCGGAGAGCCCGACGCCGAGAAGGAAACGGGGAGGAGGAUGUCUCGCCGAGCGGCCGGCGCCCGGAUCAGCCCGUGACUCUUCCAGCCGCGGGCCUCAGACCCCAGCGCGGACUCGGACUUUGUCUUUGGGGGCUCGUGCUCUGCCCUUCCCGGUUUCCGGCAGGAUCCCAGAGGAGCCGGCGCGCGUCUGCCCUCCAGCCUUCCUCACCAUGUCUAAGAUGCCGGCCAAGAAAAAGAGCUGCUUCCAGAUCACCAGUGUCACCACGGCCCAGGUGGCCACCAGCAUCACCGAGGACACCGAGAGCUUGGACGACCCGGACGAGUCACGCACAGAGGACGUCUCCUCCGAGAUAUUCGACGUUUCUCGGGCCACGGAUUAUGGCCCUGAGGAGGUCUGCGAGCGCAGCUCCUCCGAAGAGACCCUUAACAAUGUUGGAGAUGCGGAGACUCCGGGGACGAUCUCCCCAAACCUCCUCCUUGACGGGCAGCUGGCGGCUGCGGCGGCUGCUCCCGCCAACGGAGGAGGAACCGUUUCGACCCGGAGCAUGGCCGGGUCGCUCUCCAGUACCCUGGCGCCGGCCGUCACCUCGGCCCCUGCCUCUGGGACACCCGGCGGCCCCCCGGUCGCGGGCUCAUCCUCCGGGCCAGGGACUUCAGUCCCAUCUCAGCCCCCCACCACUUGUAGUUCGCGUUUUCGCGUGAUCAAGCUGGACCACGGGAGCGGGGAGCCUUAUCGACGCGGCCGAUGGACGUGUAUGGAAUACUAUGAGCGGGAUUCAGACAGCAGCGUCCUGACCCGGUCCGGGGAUUGCAUUAGACACAGCAGUACUUUUGACCAGACUGCGGAGCGGGACAGCGGUCUGGGCGCCACCGGAGGGUCGGUGGUGGUAGUGGUGGCCUCUAUGCAGGGGGCGCACGGGCCCGACUCGGGAACUGACAGCUCCUUGACUGCUGUGUCACAGCUACCCCCGUCGGCCGGCCAUGUCCCUGCCCCCUCAACCGGGCCCAGCCGUCGGCGCUUCUGCAGCUCAGCAGCCCCAGCAGUUCGCCUAUCCCCAGCCUCAGAUACCGCCUGGGAAUUUGCUGCCAGUCCAGCCCGCCGGCCAGAAUGAAUACCUGCAGCAGCACGUGGCCAGCUUGCAACCGCCAAGCCCCGCGCAGUCCUCGUCUACCAGCGCCGGAGCGAGCCCCGCCACGGCGGCCAGCCUUCCCGUUGGCACUGGCCAGAAUGCCCCUUCGGUGGGCGCGCAGAUAUUGGGUGCGUCUUCCCAGCCCGGUGAAGCCGUGGCCCCGGGACCCGGAUCAACCCAAGGCGGGCAGGCGGCGCCUUGUCAGCCAGGUGGACUGCCCCAGGCUGCUGUAGGAGGUGUGGUGCCGCCGUGCAUAGGUCCUACCGGGGCUGGGCAGCCCCAGUCCGUGCCUCCACCGCAGAUGGGUGGCAGUGGUCAGAUGUCAGCCGUGCCUGGUGGCCCUCACGCCGUGGUGCCCGGAGUUCCAAACGUGCCUGCAGCCGUGCCCGCUCCAAGCGUGCCUAGUGUAUCUACCACUUCUGUUACUAUGCCAAAUGUACCCGCACCUCUGGCUCAAUCGCAGCAGCUGGGCAGCCAUACGCCAGUCAGCAGGAGCAGCAGCAUAAUCCAGCACGUCGGGGUGCCCUUAGCUCAAGGCACGCACAGUGCACCAACAAGUAUACCACAGUCUGACCUAAGCCAGUUUCAGACUCAGACACAGCCUUUAGUCGGGCAAGUUGACGAUACUAGAAGAAAAUCAGAACCCCUACCUCAACCACCACUUUCUCUCAUUGCUGAAAAUAAGCCUGUUGUGAAGCCUCCUGUUGCAGAUACCCUGGCAAACCCUCUUCAGUUAACACCAAUGAACAGUCUGGCCACCUCUGUAUUCAGCAUAGCUAUUCCUGUUGAUGGUGAUGAAGACAGGAAUCCUUCAACUGCUUUCUACCAAGCGUUCCAUUUGAACACGUUUCAGGAAUCAAAGAGCCUCUGGGAUAGUGCAUCUGGGGGAGGUGUUGUAGCCAUUGACAACAAAAUAGAACAAGCAAUGGAUCUGGUUAAAAGCCAUUUGAUGUAUGCAGUAAGAGAAGAAGUGGAAGUUCUAAAGGAACAAAUAAAAGAAUUAGUUGAAAGGAACUCUUUACUUGAACGAGAAAAUGCACUGUUAAAAUCUCUCUCAAACAACGACCAGUUAUCCCAACUCCCAGCCCAACAGGCCAAUCCUGGUAGCACUUCUCAACAGCAAGCAGUGAUAGCACAGCCUUCGCAGCCAACGCAACCUCCACAGCAGCCGAAUGUCUCCUCAGCAUAAAGCUCUCCUAAGCCUCAUUAAGAAACAGACUGAAAGCAAUCUAUCCUUGUGUGCCACCGGUGUUCUUUCCACUUUAUACGAAAGCAAGUAGCCAUGCUUCGAUUGUGUGUUUGGCCUUUUCAGUAUUAGACAAUCAUUCUACAAGAGCUUUUCUUCUCUCUGAGAUGUCAUGCAGCGCUGUUGAUGUCCAGCUCUAUGUCAUCAGUACACAAGGAGAAUAAUAGAUGGGGUUUAUUAAAGCGAUCAGUCUGCAUUUGACCUGGUGCGCAUGCGUAGGGUCUUGAAGAGUUUUGGUGGCUCUCCCAGGUUUCCUAUUACCCAUGGAUUUACCCUGAGCCUUCCUAUCACAUUAUAAAUAACAGUUCAUCUAAAGAGCCACUUUUCUUUCAAUAUCAGUAACAUUUGCCUAUAUAAGUUUUCAUUUAUUUGUGUUUUAUUUAUUACAGGGCUGCUAUUUUCAUAAUGUACAUGAACAAUGUCACAGAACUUUUUAAAUUUUUUUCAAUAAUUAUAAGUAUCAGUAAAGGAAUUGAGAGACAGGAUUGCAUUUAAUAGAUAAAAUGUUUAGGCAAUAAUUGAACAAAAGAAUCCUGGCAUAUUUCUAACACUAAUGGCAAUUUACCUUUGGUAUUUAUUUUCAGUAGUAAAGACCCAGCUUGAAUGUACAUUUUGUAUAGUGUAAGUAUGAAGAACAUAGUGCAACUGUACAGGUAGUCACCAGUUAUUGUGAUAUAAUAAAUAAUUGGGCUAUUU